UGUCCCCUUGACACUGCAGGGGUGAAUUCUGAAUUCAGCAAGCGCUUUGCUCUCCCCCUCAUUCUGUUUUCACAGAGCUCUGCACAAUGCUCAGAUGAGAGCAGGAGAGAAAGUGCGUUAAGAGAGAGAGGGCAAAUUAAAGAGAGCCAAAGCGAGCGAGAAGGUGAGCACAUUACUGAGAGUGACUGAGGAGAAAGAGACCAGAAUGAGAGCGUGUGUGUGAGACCAAAGAGUUUAUUACGAUAGCAACUGGAGGUCUGGAUUAUGCCACUUUAAUCCUCAAGAGACUUUGUGGGACGUUUAGAAGGUGGUUCACUAAAAUUUUAAGCACCCCAGGAAUUCCAUGGAUGUUAGUUGUUCUGCGUCAGUGAGGCUUUGUGGAGUUCUUCAUACUGGAUUCAUUGCUCCUUUGCCAUCACCAUAAAAGUCACCUGUGUCCAUCUUUGCACCUCAAGGUUGUUCCAAUGCUCAUGGGGAACUGCCUGCUGCUGUUCCUCUGGUGCCUCUUAGACAAAAGCUUCGUUUCACCCCUCCACUCUUCAUCCCAGAGCAGGAUGGGGAAGGAGCAGUACAGGAACAUGUUGGCACUUAGGAAACACGGCAUGAUGGGAGUUCACAGAGUCAAGAGAGGAUGGGUGUGGAACCAGUUCUUUGUUCUGGAGGAAUACAUGGGAUCUGAUCCGCAGUAUGUUGGAAAGCUUCACUCUGACCUGGAUAAGGGAGAUAGUAUCGUGAAGUACACACUCUCAGGUGAAGGAGUUGGUUCUAUUUUCACCAUCGAGCCAAGUACUGGAGACAUCCAUGCCUUAAGGAGCCUGGACCGAGAAGAGAAGCCUUAUUACACACUGAGAGCGCAGGCUGUGGACGUGCUCACAGGCAGACCCUUAGAGCCCGAGUCAGAGUUCAUUAUCAAAGUCCAGGACAUCAAUGACAAUGAGCCAAGGUUCCUGGAGGGCCCAUACUCUGCCAGCAUCCCAGAGAUGUCUCCCGUCGGCUCAUAUGUGACACAAAUAACUGCCACUGAUGCUGAUGACCCUACUUAUGGAAACAGUGCGCGGAUUGUAUACAGCAUACUUCAUGGGCAGCCGUACUUCUCUGUUGACCCCAAGACAGGAAUCAUAAGAGUUGCCUUACCCAACAUGGAUAGGGAGGUCAAAGAAAUGUACCAGGUGGUCAUACAGGCUAAGGACAUGGGUGGCCAGCUCGGGGGCUUAGCUGGGAUCACAACCAUCAAUAUCACUCUCCGUGAUGUCAACGACAACCGACCACGGUUUUCUAAAAGCAUCUUUCACCUACGCGUUCUUGAAUCUUCACCCGUGGGCUCGUCUGUGGGGAGGGUCAAAGCUCAUGAUCUGGACUCUGGGAAGAAUGCUGAAGUGCAAUAUAGCAUCGCUCCUGGUGAUGGACGCUCCAUGUUUGAUAUUUACAGCAAUAAGAACACUCAUGAGGGAACAGUCAUACUGAAAAAGCGUCUGGACUACGAGACCAGAAAAUCCUACACCUUUAAAGUAGAAGCUUCAAAUGCAGUUCUUGAUCAUCGAUUCCUACAUUUGGGACCAUUUAAGGACACUGCCACAGUAAAAGUGACUGUUCUGGAUGUGGAGGAACCUCCUGUCUUCAGCCGACUGUCUUAUAGAAUGGAGACAUAUGAGAACACACCAGUGGGCAUCAUAAUCGGAGCCGUCACAGCUGAGGACCAAGAUGUAGGCUAUAGUCCUGUUAGAUAUUCAGUUGAUUGGAGAAAGGACUCUGAAAACCACUUUGACAUUGACCCUGUUGAAGGAACUCUGUCUGUCAGUGAAGCACUGGACAGAGAGAGAAACACAGAACACAACGUCACUGUUGUAGCAACAAAAGUUAGUAAGUAUGGUGGAUUGUGUUUUACCCAAAUGCACAGAUACAACAUGACCAGCCUAGAUAACCAAGCAAGUUUACAUCCAUAAUAAAACUGUAGAUUGAAAUGGGGAUACACUUUUA